AUGUUUAGGAUUCAUGAAGAUCAUGCAGAUUUAUUCAAAGUUUGGAUUUAUGGGGCUUUUGAAUGCUUGAACAAUGAUAAUUUUUCAUCUACACUAAUAUCAAUUGGCCUAAACUCUGUAGACGAAAAUGUUGCAAGUUCUGACAAUAAACUCGAUGAUGAAAUAAGGUUAAAGAAAUGUUCAACUUGGCAAUUAAUAAUCAUAAGAAUGAAAAUUACGAUGAAGCAUUUAUAA